GCAUCCAUGUGUCCUGUCAGAGUGCCAGUGAGUCGGUCUGGAUCACAGCAUCGACUAAAUGCCUCAAAGCUGUUACUUUGGAAACAACAACUCUUCCUGUGAAGCCGUCCCAUUGCAGAUCUUCACCUCAGUGUUUCAGAUGUCGUCAGUAACGGGCAUCAGUGUUUGUCCUGCGAUCGGCUUCAACCUGCAGGAUCCUCAUUUUGUCUGAUCAGCUGAGACUGCAGGGUUGUGAUGAUGAUAGUCAAUGAGAGCUUCACAGAAACCGACAGGACAGACCUGUGGACCAACACAGAGAGAGAGAGAGUCAUCACAGCUCUGAGCAGAGGGGAAAAUCCCUGCAGUCCAAAGGAGAGGAGGGAGGAAAAAAACAACCACUGAACGUCAUCACCUGUGUGGACAAAGAGACAGCAGCUGACAGAGAUUCCUUUGACCUGCAGUGCAAGUGCUACUAAUCUCCACGUCUUUUAAAAAACAAUCAGCUCAGAUUUCCUGAGCGGACCCGACAGCCCAGUGUCUUUCCUCUUCCCUCCCUUUUCCUAAACAACCACAAGGACUGUUUUCCUGGUCCCAAACCCAGACGAUGCUUCCCUUCAUCGCCUCCCUCUUCCUCGUCCUCUUCCUGCCUGGUCCGGCCCUCCUGACCCCAACAACCUCCCAGGAGCUCCAGGUCAGAGGUCACAGGACCCCUAGGGAUGCCAAGCAGGACGCCAUCAAGGUGGUGAUCACCGAGGGCUGCGCCACACAGGGUGAUUCAUCUGACGCCGGUCAGGGAGGUAAAGAAAUCGACCUGGCCCCCGGUUCUCCUCUGGUCCUGACACAUAAGAUCAAACUGGUUCCGUCGGGUUCGGGAUCUGGGUCCGGGUCUUGUGGCUGCGAGGCCGACUUCGCUGCCCUUCGGGAGCGUCUGGAGAGGCUGGAGAGGGAGGUGUCGACCCUCAGGGAGAAGUGUGGAGGAGCUGAGGGAGGCUGCUGCACCUCCAAGGAGAGCAAAGGUGCAGGUUGCUCCAUCAAACCAGACAUCGCCGAGUGUCCCAACGAGUGCAGUGAUCAGGGACGUUGCGUGGACGGCAAGUGCGCCUGUUUCCUUGGUUUCAGUGGACCGGACUGCAGCAAGUCCAACUGUCCAGGAAACUGCAAUGACAACGGGAGGUGUGUGAACGGACAGUGCGUCUGCGAUCCAGGUUUCACCGGUCCCGACUGCUCGCAGAGAGGCUGCCCCGACAACUGCAACAACCGGGGCAAGUGUGUGAACGGCAGGUGUGUGUGCAACAGUGGUUUCACAGGACCCAGCUGCUCGGACGAAUCCUGUCCAGGAAACUGCAACAAGAGAGGGCGCUGCGUUAAUGGACAGUGUGUGUGCAACCCUGGAUUCACCGGCCCGGACUGCUCCAAGAAGGCCUGUCCUAACAACUGCAGUGAUCGUGGACGGUGCGUUAAUGGUAAAUGUGUUUGCAACAGUGGAUUCACUGGUGCAGACUGCUCUGAGAAUUCAUGCCCAGGAAACUGCAACAGCAGGGGGCGCUGCGUUAACGGACAGUGUGUCUGUAAUUCUGGAUUCACUGGUCCAGAUUGCUCCAAAAGAGCCUGUCCUGAUAACUGCAACAACCGUGGCAGGUGUGUUGAUGGUAAAUGUGUUUGCGACAGUGGUUUCACCGGUGCAGACUGCUCUGAGAUUGCCUGUCCUGGAAACUGCAACAGCAGGGGGCGCUGCGUUAACGGACAGUGUGUCUGUAAUUCUGGAUUCACUGGUCCAGAUUGCUCUGAAAGAACAUGUCCUAAUGACUGUAACAACCGCGGAAGGUGUGUAGAUGGUAAAUGUGUUUGCAACAGCGGCUUCACUGGCGAUGACUGCUCUGAAAACUCCUGCCCAGCAAACUGCAACAACAGAGGGCGCUGUGUUAAUGGUCAGUGUGUUUGUGAUGAUGGCUUCACCGGUGAUGACUGCUCUGAAAACUCCUGUCUGGGAAACUGCAACAACAGAGGGCGCUGUGUUAAUGGUCAGUGUGUUUGUGAUGAUGGCUUCACCGGUGAUGACUGCUCUGAAAAAGCUUGUCCCAACAACUGCAGCAACCGUGGGAAGUGUGUAAACGGGAAGUGUGUCUGCGACGUUGGUUUCGCUGGACCAGACUGCUCUGCCAAAGCCUGUCCUAAUAACUGCAGCAACAAAGGGCGAUGCGUCAAAGGGAGGUGUGUUUGCCGGCGUGGAUUCACCGGCCCGGACUGCAGCCAGUGUGCAGAAGGGAUGACUGGACCCAACUGUGAUAUAGUCAUGUCAGGUGUUUCCCAGCUGAGUACUCAGGACAUCACAGAGACAUCAGUCACUCUGGUCUGGACUCCACCUUCUGUGAAGUAUGACACCUACCACAUCACCUUCACCAGCCAGAAGGAGAGUGACCAGCAGAUCUCAGCCCAGGUGGAGGGCAGCCUGACCACCUUCACUCAGACAGGACUGGCAGCCGGUCAGGAGUACAACGUCACCAUCACCGGAGAAAUCGACAGCAGGAGGGGAGGCGAGAGCUCCACCGAAUUCAUGACCCUCAUCUCUGGUCCCACCAACCUCAGAGUCGUCAAGACGACCUCGACAUCUGCGGUGGUGCAGUGGGAGAAGUCACAGGGCGAGAUCGACAGGUACCGUUUAACCAUCACACCAAGCAACGGAGCAGGAAGCAGUCAAGAAAUGACGGUCCCAGUCGACCAAGACUCCGCCCACAUCCGGCAGCUAGAGGCGGGGCGUUUGUAUGACAUCACCCUCGUGGCGGAGAAGGGCCCAAGUCGGAGCAAACCUGCAACCACCCAGGCAGUUCCCGGGAAAACAUUUCCAAGGGUUACCACGGCAGCUUUGACCCUGCAGGUCACACAAGCACCUGAACAAGAUGAUGGUGACAGGGACCAAGAAUUCAACCCAUCACCUGAGGUACAAGUCUUCAACCAACAGGGGAGGAGGGAGGAUGAGAGAGAGGCUGAUUCUGUAAAUGCUAGAGGUAUCGAUGAACCUAAUAAAGACUCCUCAACCUCUGUGAGUGCAAGAACUAAACCUCUGGUCAGCAGAACAAUGCCCAUAAAUGGCACCAGGCCCAAACUUGCUGAUAGGUUCACAUUGUCCAGGAAUCCAAAAGUCCCUGGCCCUUUCAAAUUUAACACAACCAGAGUUGUGCCCGGAGGAAGAAGGUUUGGCCCUGGCCCUUUGAAAAAGCCCCUAAUGGGGGAGAAGAAAAAAGCACCGAUAGUGCCCAAAAAACCUAAACCAGGUGCUACCAAAAUAGGAAACAGGACAAUAGCUUGGACUGUGAAAAAACCUAGCAUUGAAGCAUCAAGCACUGAAAGGAGGGAUGACAAAAAUCCAGCUAUAGUGUCUGGAACUGAUUCAGAAACAAACAGGCAAAGAAGUCUGGAGGAACCAAAAGAGCAACCAGAUGUUGGCAUGGCGGGCCAAGGAAACGACACUGCUCCAGUGUCUUCAGAGCCAACUGGGACUGUUCAAAGCCAAGAGAAGAAAUGUCUGAACAAAAUUAAAGUGACGCACAUCAGAUUACCCCAUAAGGAGAGAGGCAGCGGGUGUAGAGGGGAUGGGACAGUGCUGGUAGGAAACACAUUGGGUUCAGAUGAAACAGAUGGUACACCCCCAGACCUCGGCUAUACUCCUGAUCCCUUACAUAAACUCCUGACGGACACCUUUGGCAGUUUGAAUAUCACAACAUUUUCUGUUCACCUGUCCAAAGCAUCAGACCUUUCUGAUGAUGCAGACACAGUGAGGAAGCAGAUUUUAACUGGACUGAGGCCACUGUCAUCAUUACCAUCCUCCUCAUCAUCACAAUCAUCACAUCCAUCAACCUCACAGUCAUCAUCACCAUCAUCAUCACAGUCAUCAGAUACACCGUCAUUACUGCCAGCAUUUUCAUCCUCGUUGUCUUUACCAUCACCUUCACAAAUUUCAUCUUCAUCAACAGCGGCACCAUCAUCUGCACUAACUUCAUCAUCACCCUCUCAAUCACCAUCUCAUUCACCUUCAUCAUCAUCAUCAUCAUCACCUCUGUCAUCAGCAUCCUCCUCCAGCUCAGAUGAAUCAGAUUCAGUUGUAAGUAAUGAAUUAGAUGUUGAUAACACAAAAAGCACCACUGACAUCACUGCAUCAUCUGAAGAAAGAAAACAACCACCCUCAGGAGAAGGUAGUGUUCCUCUCCUCCGCCACACACCUCCAAAACGUGGCUUCAUACGUCGUCUACGCCCAAACCUUGGUUUGAUUCAGAACAAAACCCAUCUGAAUUUUAGAUUUCCUCACCGUUCCCCUCUUCAUUUGAACAUUAAGCCUGGAAGAGAGGCAGAGACAGGACAUACAUCCACAAAUGAAUCAUCAUCAUCAUCUGCUCCAACCGAAUUAUCCUCAGUUCAAAUAAACACUCCAGUCAGGGAUGCAAGUGGAGACAAGGAUGAGUCAGCUUCACCUGCAUCUGCUGGAGUUGAGCUAAACAAAAAAAAGAUGCAGACAGAAGGAGUACGAAUCCCAGUUCGCCGUCCUCCUCCUGGAUACAUGCGUCGUCCCUUUCCAAACAAGGGACCACUGCAGAACCGGACACGCCCAAAUUUGAGGUUCUUGACUCGCCCCAUUCGACCAUUAAAUCCUGAGACGGAGACACAGAAAGAGCAGGUACCUCCCACUGAAUUGCCAACUACUUCAUCUCUUUCCAUUUCCAAAGAAUCUGGUCCAGUUGAAGGUGUAAAGCCAGAGGAGAAGAUUGAAGAUAGAGAUGGGAUGAGAAUCUAUACAACGAGCAUAUCCAAUGAGUUAAAUCAGUCUCUCAGAGAUAGUGAAGUGCCCUCCCCCCGCCGCCCAACCACCAAAGUUGGUUACCUCCGUCGGACCCAACUUUAUGGUGGACCUUUCCAAAAUAAAACCCGUCCAAACCUGAGACAUCCUCAACAUCCACAUAGAGUUCUCGUGCGCAAACCGUUCUCAAUCAGAAGACAAAAUGGAGGCACCGAUAUUAAUGUUGGAACUGUCCAACUAGAAACAGACGGUACCCCUAAAAUCACAGAUAACCAAUUAGGAGAGCAGGAUGUCCCCAGGCCUACACAAGUAGUCCAAAUUAGACAAGCAGGAGAACAAAGGAGUGUAGAGGCAACUCCAAGUGUCCAGAUGGAUGGUCAUGAUACUACCGUCAGUCCACAGGUUAACGAAUUAGAAAAGGGGGACAGUGUUCCAAUCCAUACUACCAAAUCUGAGGAAGAAGAAACCAGUUCCCCAGAUUCUAAUUUUGACUCUGACGUCCAUAAACAGAGAGUUGAUGAUGGUACAAAUACUUCCCCUACAGUUCAAAGUAGACCAAACAUCAAACAAACUUCCUCUGAUUUAAGAGCCCCAAGACCAGUCACACCUCCAAAGAGACAACCACCAUCAAAGCAUAUAACAGGACAACCCCAUAACAUCAGAGGGAGUGACAGGGCAAGGGGUCCAAAACCACAUAAUACUGCAAAACGAGUGUUUGACAGUAAAACUGGACAGACAAGAGGUGCUACGUCCAAACCUCAAACAGGAUCAGAUGUUUCUUCUUCUGGAGUCAUAAGGGAACCUCUGGACUAUGUGGGGGUGACGAACCGGACCUCAGAUGGAUUCACACUCAUAUGGGACUCACCAGAAGGAAAGUACAAAAACUUUGUUGUGACAAGGAAACAAGUUGAAAAAGAUGAAAGCACAAAGCAGAAGGAGGGCAAGAAAGACCAAGAGAGACAAAAAGACGACUCUGAGAAAGAGGGUGGUAAUGAAGAGGAGGAUGGGAAGCAUUCAAAAACCAAAGAACCUGAAUCCGAAAACAGAAGCACCGAAGAUGAAAACAGAGUACCAGAAAGUGUCGUUACCCAUAUUCCAAGGAAACAAAGCAGCACAACAGUCAAACCUGCAACAGAAAGUGACAAAACCUUCAAAAAAGUUAUUCCAGGUUCAGCUCGCUCCUUCCACUUUGGGGAUCUGCUUCCUCAGAACGACUACACCGUGACCUUGCUUGGAAAGGGUCCUGGCCUUCUGUCCAGACUGCACAAGCUUGUCAUCAGUACAGGACCAGAGCCUCCAACCAACAUAGUCUUCAGUAAGGUGACAGAAAACUCCCUGACGGUGGCCUGGACCAAACCCAAGAGUCCUGUCAGUGGUUUCAAAGUCACCUACACCCACGCUGAGGAUGGAGAGCCGGUGUCGGUGUCCCUGGACUCUGAGGACUCCAUCCUCGACCUAUCAAAACUCUCCCCUGGUUCUUCUUAUGAGGUCAGCGUCAUCUCCAUCCUCGGACUGGACGAGAGCGAUCCCAUCAAAGACUCUGUUAUGACACUCCCUGACCCACCUACAGACCUCCGGGCUGUAAAUGUCACCGACACCAAGGCCUUGUUAUUGUGGCGUCCAGCGUUGGCCGCCAUCGAUAAGUACGCCAUCGUUUAUGGCUCGGGUACAGGUUCAGAGUUGAGGAUCACGGUGUCUGGAAACGCAGCGGAGCAGCAGCUGAGCGAUCUGGAAGGAUCCACCACCUACACCGUCACCAUAACCAGCCAGCUGGGCGGCCUGGAGAGCUCACCAACCACCACCAGCUUUACUACCACCAGUGGCUCUGGGAGCGAUGGGGACGGGCCAGGAGACCUCCAGGCCAAGAACGUGACCCCUCGCACUGCCUUGUUGUCAUGGAAACCACCCUCAAAGCCUGCUGGGAGAUACAGGCUGACCUAUCAGACUGAGGGUCACAAAAUGAAGGAAGUGAUAGUGGAUGCCUCAGUGACAGAGUACAACCUGACCAGACUUCACCCUGGAUCUAAGUACAGGGUGCAGCUACAGGCGGAGGCUGGAGGCCGAUACACCACCGCCAUCUCCACAGAGUUCACCACCGGCACCCUGAGGUUCCCCUUCCCCACCGACUGCUCUCAGGAGCUGCUGAACGGCAUCACAACAUCGGGCGAGGUGGAGAUUUUCCCUCAGGGGAAACAGGGGACGCCGCUGAUGGUUUACUGUGACAUGGAGACGGAUGGAGGAGGCUGGACGGUGUUCCAGAGGAGGAAGGACGGCUCGGUGGAUUUCUUCCGAGGCUGGAAGGAUUACGCCAAAGGAUUCGGAGACCUGAAUGGGGAGUUUUGGCUCGGCCUCAAUAACCUCCACAACCUGACAGCAAUGACCAAGAUGAGUCUGCGUGUCGACCUUCGAGACGGAGCUGAGUCAGCAUACGCCAAGUACUCGACGUUUGAGGUGGCCAAGAGGAACUACAAACUGACUGUGGGCGGAUUCAACGGCACUGCAGGCGACUCUCUCACUUACCACAACGACCGGAUCUUCUCCACCAAAGACCGGGACCCAGCUCCGUUCAUCACCCGCUGUGCCAUGUCAUACCGGGGAGGCUGGUGGUACAAAAACUGCCACGAGGCGAACCUCAACGGCCUCUACGGCAUCGACGUCAAACACCAGGGUGUGAUCUGGACCACCUGGAAAGGAAAGGACUUCUCCAUCCCGUUCACUGAGAUGAAGAUGAGACCAGCAUCCUUCAGUCCUCGAGCCAGCGACUGAGAGAGAGAGAGAGAGAGAUGAAUAAUGAACUGCUAAACACAUGCAUGGACAGCAGUGUGUCUAUACAUGUGCAAACACACACACAUGUGAGCACAUUAACACACACACACACUCAUUCUAACAGAGAGCCUCGCUCUCACCUGAGAAGAGAUGAAGACGUAUUUUUUCAUGUGUAUAGAGGUCAGUUAUCAGUAUAUUACUGUUGAUUGUACAGUUUCUUCAUUUUUAUCUUUUGCUCUUUAAAGAUACUUUCUCUAUAUUUAAAGGGCCAGUUCACCCAAUUUAUGCUAAAAACAUUUCCUCAAAUAUCUGAAACUUCCCCAACCUAACGCAGUUUAACUUCAACUCGAGGACAGCAAACUUCCAGGGGUUAAAAAGGGAUUAAUGCUGCGUUCAUGUCAUGUCGGAAUUAUUAGUUUCCCACUUGUAAACAGUUUUCACGUCAACAUCCAUCCAAUAUAUCCAACUUGGAACGUCCUAAAACAAAUAUGGACGCCUCACCCUCGUUUAAUAGAUGUGGUGUUUUAUUAUAAAUGCUCAGACCCCCUCUGUGAUCACUCAGAGAUGAUGUGAACAAGUCAUUAACAGCACAGUCUUUCCCAUAUCUGCCCACCAGACCACAUGACGUGAACACAGCGGCCGUCAACAGCACCAAAGAGCCACAGGUUCGUCUUCAUCUGAGUCAAAACAGACAACAACAUCAGGCAAACACAUUUAUAGUCAAACUGGGUGGAUGUGGUUGUUCUAAUUUGAAACUCAAAAAUAUUUGAAUCAGAGUUUUAAAAAUCCAGAAAUGUGUUUUUUUUUUAUCACCAUUAUGUGGACGUGUGAAGAAUUUGAUGCACAGCAGAAAAUGUAAAAUCCUGUAGGUGUGAUUCUGUUCAGCCGAUCAUCAAACGCCGACAUGUGUUUGCCUCAUGUCUUCAUUCGUCUGUUUGUCUGUUUCCUCUGUUAAAACCUAUGAAUGAGUCUGUGAGCUUCGGCCUCUUUUUAACCCUGUAAAUGAAGCUGAUGUUCGCAGCACAUUUGUCUUCAUGAUGAUGUAAAUGAAUAACACACUACACGCUGCAUUAUCUGACAUCGGACCGAGCAGAGCCAGAGGCCAAAGAAUCGCUGUUAUACAGAGUAAUUUGUUGCUGAUGGAGCAGAAACUUUGUGUCUCCAGAAUGUUUAAUAAACAACUUUGUUUUUA